AUGCCCAAACCGCCAAGGAAGAUCACUCAACGAAUUACCAAGGCACUCGGAGUAAAAAAGAAGAUCGAACACAGCCUUUUCAGAGGGUGUACUAUACACAAGCACGUGUCCUUAGCUCGCGAGGAUCCAGAUAUGGGGAACCUAGCUUUGUACGGGGUGCAUAGGCCGUCGCCCUCGGAGACGGGCCCUGAGGAAGGGCAAAAUUCGAAAGACUCGACAAACCCGGUGGUUAAAGGGAAACCACCAGCAGAUGCCUGA